AUGGGGGCCCCCCCGGCCCCCCCCGGGCCCCCCCCGGGCCCCCCAAGACACGGGGGGGCCCCGCCCCCCCCCACUGUGAACCCCAAAAUCCGGGGGGGGCCCCGCCCCCCUCCCCCGCCCCCUCCGGAGGGGCCGAACGGAGCCGAGCGGAGCCGAACCCGAGGCCGAGCGGAGCCGAACGGGAGCCGAACCCGAGGCCGGGCAGAGCCGAACGGAGCCGAACCCGGGCCCGAGCGGAGCCGAACGGAGCCGAACCCGAGGCCGGGCAGAGCCGAGCGGGAGCCGAACCCGAGGCCGGGCAGAGCCGAGCGGGAGCCGAAUCCGGGCCCGAGCGGAGCCGAACGGAGCCGAGCGGAGCCGAACCCGAGGCCGGGCAGAGCCGAGCGGGAGCCGAAUCCGAGGCCGGGCAGAGCCGAGCGGAGCCGAAUCCGGGCCCGAGCGGAGCCGAACGGAGCCGAACCCGAGGCCGGGCAGAGCCGAACGGGAGCCGAAUCCGGGCCCGAGCGGAGCCGAACGGAGCCGAGCGGAGCCGAACCCGAGGCCGGGCAGAGCCGAGCGCGGCCGAACCGGGGCCGGGCGCAUCCGAACCGUUCCGAACGGGAUCCGAACGCACCCGAACCGAGCCCGACCGCAUCCGAAGCGGUGCCGAAGCGGUGCCGAAGCCGAGCCGAGCGGAGCCGAGCGGAGCCGAGCGCGGGCGGGGGCGCGGGGCCCCGGCGGCCGCUGGAGCGAUGCUGA